AUGUCAUCCUCAGUUGCAGCUACCUCUUCCUUUUCACAAUUGAGCGCCCAUUCCAUGGGCUUCUGCUCCACUUCAUCCACCUCCUCGCCAUUUGACGGGCCCGUUACAAUUGAUAAAACGGGGUUUCUACAGUCAGCACUCCGCGCUGGAGGCCCUUACCUAUGCUCGUUACCAGCUCAUACGGAUACAACUGAUCCUCAUUAUGACGCCGACACUGUGUCUCAGAUCGAAGGAUAUGCAGCACAAGUCUUGCGUGAUCUUCAUCUGCGGUAUCAGGAUAUUGGGCUUAUGGGAAGACACUCAAAGGUUGAACCCGAGCCUAAACAAGUCACAACCGUGCUUGUCAGAAUGCCAAACGUACCACAGCCAGAAUUGUGGUACCGAGCUGCAAAACAAAUCAACCGGCUGCUAACACGCCACGGUCAUCCUGGAAUCUCGGUUGAGAUGAUUGAAACAGACUUGUUCAAUGGAAUAUAUUGUUCGCCCGUUGAGUCGAGCCACUCCAUCUCCCCUAAGUGGAAGAGCCUCGCGCAGGAGAUCGUGGCCCGUUGUCCCAACAAAGAUGAUUGGACUGGCUUGGACUGUUUUCGGUAUGGAACAAACCCCCAUCGGAAUUCCAACCCAGUGACAGUCAUCAUCCGUGUGUGCAAAACAAGUCAAAAUUCGUUCGUUACGGCAGCCCGAUACGUUCACGGUAUUCUUGCAGCAUUCGGCGAAGCAGAAGUGGAUGUUUUGUUCACCAAAGACGGCACCAAAUCAUUUGUCCUGAAUCCAAUCCUUCCCCCUGAGGCUACUAGUGGAUCGGUUUACCCCGGCGUGAGCAUUGGAAUUCAUAAUAGCUCAGCAGGCUGUUUCACCUUGGGUGGCUUUGUGCAACUCCGAUUCAAACACCGAAAGGAUUGGAAUACAUAUGCCCUUACCUGUUUCCAUUGCGUGUGCCCGCCACCGAUGUAUCGUGGAGAUCGCUAUCUUCAAAGUGACGAUGCCCAAAGGGCGUUUGAGAGGUGGGAACGACACCCCCUGACAAUGCACGACAGUCCUUCGUUCCUUGAUAUCGCCAAACGCAUUCUCCGAAUUGAUCACCCAGCACCCCGAGAUCUGAGGACCACGAUUAACUCACUGAACCGGUCAAUUAGAGCCCUGAAGGAUGAUUCUUUCUACGCCUCAAAGGCCGAGAUCGACAAAGGAGACAAUGGGUGGUUACCAGAUUCUGCUAGGUAUGGGUAUGAGGCUGCGCUCCACUAUAUUCGAGAUCUGGAAAAGCGACGGGACAGAUAUGCGGAAAUGCUGCAGAAUGGAUCAUACUACCUCGGGCAUGUCGUUGCCGGAAGUGGCAUGAAUCGCACGCGACUUGAUGAGGACAAGCGUCGAGUGGCCGUUGACUGGGCUCUGAUUCAAAUUUCGAGCAAUAGAAUCCACCGACAAAUGCAUGGAGAUUGUGUCUCAGGCAACAAUGCGUUCCAAUACAGCAACGAACCGACCAACCCUCGAUAUUAUGGUGGCUCGAUUGGGAAUGUUCUCGAUGGGUUAAAUCUUUACAAGUCCGGGCGAUCUACUGCUAUGACGGCUUCUGUGUAUCACGGCUUGGAAUCAGUUGAGCUUGAGCGACUAAAAAGCAAAAAGGGUCCUGGCUACAUUCUCGGAAUCACAUGGGUUUCCAAAAUGGCAACGCCUGAGAAUUCAUUUCCAUUCGCGGAACAUGGAGACUCUGGUGCAUGGAUAACAAGAAUGGAUGGGAAAGUUUUCGGAAUAUUGACCGGAGGUGACGAGCGUCAGGGCACGACUUACUUUUCCAGGAUAAACGACGUGUUUGACGAUAUCAAAGAUGUCACCGGCGCAGUUGAAGUCAGAAUCGCUCCAGUACCAGUUUCUGCUACUGUUGUCUUGGGCAGCGCUGUCGUAGCUGAUCUCUCGACCCGCGCCGAGCGAGGAAAGUACAUUGGAUACGCUGGAAUUGGAAUUGCACUAGGACCGACUCUUGGCCCCGUUAUCGGUGGGCUGUUGAACCAGUUUCUGGGGUGGCGAUCGAUAUUUUGGUUCCUGGUCAUUCUAUCCGGUGUUUGCCUUGUGGUAAUCCUCAUCGUCUUCCCUGAAACAUGUCGAGCUGUUGUGGGCAAUGGGUCAGUGCCGCCAGCCUCGUGGAAUCGCCCACUGUGGACGUUAUUCGUCCGAACAUCACGAUUCCAUAACGAACAAGAGAUCGCCGAUCACACUACCAUCCAGGAACUGAAGCGGCGCCCAAAUCCGUUUUCAGCUCUCUUGAUAGCCACACAGAAAGAGAUGGGGUUGGUUCUCUUGUACGGAUCUAUUUUGUACGCAGGGUAUAUGGCCAUUAUCAGCACUUUGUCGACCGAGUUGGCGGCUCGAUUUGGAUUCAAUUCCAUUCAAAUUGGACUGUGUUAUCUUCCCAUGGGCAUUGGAAGCAUAAGCUCACGCUGGGUAGUUGGCCGACUCUUGGACUGGAACUUCCGCCGCGAGGCACAGUUGCAAGGAAUGACCAUUCACAAGAACCGGCAGCAGGAAAUUGAAAAAUUCAAUGUUGAGCGAGCGCGCCUGGCGAUCUCUCUCCCAUUGAUCUACUUGGCCAGUUUUUGCAUCUUAGCUUACGGCUGGGUGAUGCAAUAUCGCACUGCGCUGGCGGGUCCCCUCGUCAUGUUGUUCUUCACUGGUCUUACAACCACGAGCGCAUUCAACACCCUGAGCACUCUGGUUAUCGAUAUCAACUACCAAAGCGUUGCUACGGCUGCGGCGGCGAAUAAUCUAUUCCGCUGUCUUAUGGGCGCUGGAGCCACGGCUAUUGCACCACCUCUCAUCAAAUCCAUCGGCAUUGGAUGGACAGCUACAUUCAUCGCUGGCCUUUGGGUAUUGGGUAGUCCUGCUGUAUGGAUUGUUUUCUACCGGGGGUACCGCUGGAGAAGGGAACUUUCCCACAAGGGGGAGGAAGAAUCCAAGAAUCCGUCUGAUUUGUGA